AUGAUAAAUGUUCCAAAUGAUGACGAUUCAACCGACGAAAAUGGACCUGAAUUUAAGUUAGAUGAUAAGGACGAUAAUGAGCCACAAUACAAGAUGAUAGAUGUGAAUGAUAAAGUUGAAGAACCUAAGGAAUCAAUGAUGUUUGAUUUGUUGGAAGAAGUGGAAGACUAUUAUAGGAAGUAUGGUCAACAAGUUGGUUUUAGUGUGCUUACUUUUGGAAGGAAAGAUUGUAGGAAUUAUAUUGAAAAGGCAAGAGAGCUCCGUCUUGAUAAAGGAGGUGCUCAAGCACUUUGUGAUUAUUUCAAUAGAAUGCAAAAGCAAAAUGAUGGGUUCCAUUAUGUGAUGGAUGUGGAUGAUGAUAGUAGGCUGCGAAAUGUAUUUUGGGCACAUGCACGAAGUAGGGCAGCGUAUGAAUUCUUUGGGGACGUCAUUACGUUUGACACAACUUACUUGACCAAUAGAUAUGACAUGCCAUUUGCUCCUUUUUUCUUAGUUAGAGUGCAUGAAUGGCAAAGCUCCAAGUGCAAUUAUAACAAUCAAGAUAGGGCAAUGAAAAAUGCAAUUGCUAUAGUUUUCGCUGAGAGAACUAGACAUAAAUAUUGUUUGUGGCACAUUACGAGAAAACUGCCAGAAAAGUUUGUAGCACAUGCUCAAUUCAAUGGCAUUAAGAGUGCAUUUAAUGUUUGUUUGUAUGAUUCUCAAAGUUGUGAUGAAUUCGAAGAAAAUUGGAAAAGUUUACUUGAGACUUAUAAACUUCAAGACAAUGCAUGGCUCAAUGGGUUAUAUAAUGAGCGGACUUUUUGGGUGCCGGCAUAUAUGAAAGAUAUAUUUUGGACUGGAAUGAAUACUACGCAACAGAGUGAAAGUAUGAAUCCAUUUUUUGAUGGUUAUGUGCACUCACAGACUACAUUGAAGGAAUUUGUUGAUCAAUUUGAUAGUGGUUUGAAGAGAAUGGUUGAGAAAGAGAAAAAAGCUGAUUUCGAUUCGUUUAAUCGAUUGAUUCCAUGCUUUUCUCCUUAUCCUUUAGAAGCGAAAUUUCAAGAUGUGUACACCAAUGCAAAGUUCAAAGAAGUUCAAGGGGAAUUUAUGAAAGUUGUGGGUUGUAAUAACUCUUGUCUUACAAAUGAAGGUGCAAUUUCUACCUAUUAA